AAGCUAACUAGCCAAUGUCGAAAUCAAAAUCAUUAUCGUUUUGUGGCCACGAAUAAAUAUGAAUUCCCUGUUCCUCGAUCGAAAUCAUAUUGGGACAAGGUCUGUCGGGAAUCUGAAGAAAAAUUUAAAAAAUGACAUCGUCAAAGGUCAAGAGUUCGAAGUUACAAAAUGACGAGAUAAAUUUGUCGAAAGCGAAGGCAAAGAAAUCAUGUUCUGGCUACGUGGUCACAGAGUCUGAUGAUAAGAAUGAAAAAAUUCAUAACAGACCAAGAACUGCAGGAACUCAAAAUUUAUCGAAAAUUCAAGUGAUCGAGAGCAAUCUGAAUACCAUUCUAAGAAUUCCGAAACUCGAAGAGAUGGAGAGAGAAAUAAAUCUUCAAUCGAGCACAAUGCUAAAUUCCACGGAAGUGAGAAAAAUCGAGGAGAAACUCGAAAGUUUCUCAGGACUCCAGAAAGUCAAAGAACUCAAAGUUCCAAAACUGGGAACUGUGAGCUUAUAUCCGAGCUUUAACAAAGCAAUGUCCAUCGAGAGUCUGGACGAAGUUUACAAGUGUUCAAAUGAAAAUAAAAAGUCACUGGAGUUUCCAAAAAUCACGGAUGCAUUAAUAUAUCCGGAAAAUGCUGCAAGGUUAAAUAAACCGGAGAACAGACCGGAAGAAGGUAAAGACUUGUUAAAAGUGCCGAAAUUGAGUGGCGCGAGUUCUUAUUCGAGCUUCAAUAAAUUAUCCUCAGGUGAUAGCGUAGAUAAGGAAGAUGAAGAAAGAACCCCCACCAAAGAUCUUGAAAGAGGAUACGAGAGGACUACGAAACGAAGUCAGAACUUUCUGAAGGUCCCAAAAUUCAGUACUCUAAGUUCAUAUCCAAGUUUUAGCAGUCUAGUUACAGACAGCCUCGACAAUGAGGACAAUAGCGUAUUUUCGUCUCAAGCGCCUUCGAUAACAGCCACUUCGAAUGAAUUUAAAAUACCGAAAGUCAAAUCUGAAAAAAAAACUGACAAAGUUGAAAGUAAUAAGUUGCCAAAUAGUAUAGAAUCGAAGAAAAAGUAUUCUCUUAAGCAUUCCGUGAAGUAUGCAUAUAGGGCUUUGAAAUUUUUGACUCCGAAUAAAAAUUUGAAUUUCACCUCAAAGACUUAUGACUCUUUAGAAAAAUCUACGUCGAGCAGCACUCGUUCGAGUUCGAGCUCAGAUAUUUCAGAAUCGAAAAAUAAAAGUGUUUGCCGCAAGAAACGUCUAAGCGAUAGUUCUUUGAAUUUUGAAACUGUUUGCUCAAAAUUGCAAGAAAAAGCUUCCACGCAUUUGGAUGACGGUUUUUUAGUUUCACACUCAAAAUUUUUAGAAAGGACCGAGUCUGUUACAAUUCCAACAACAACAAGGACUACCUCUGGCUCAAGUACAAAAUUUGACGAACCUAUUUUAGUAAAUGACUUUUCAAAAACUCUUAAAAAAAUUCCCGAAAUUCGUAUGUUUCCUAGAAAAAAUAAGGACAGAUGUUUAGCAUGUCUAUAUAAGACUUUCGAGGAGCCAAUAAAAGUCAAAGAGGAAUUACCUGUGACGGUUUUAAAAUCAAUUUUGGAAAAGCCAAAAUUGAAAAUAUCCCACAGUGAAUCCAGUUCAAUAAGUCUACCUGAUUUGGAUACCAUAAGCAAAUUGGAGUCAGAAUGUGAGGAAGGCAAAUCGUUUGAUCAGUCAAAGGGUAUCGAUGCUUCCCAUUUGUCAUCACCAGCUCAGUCGGUUCUGUCGCGAUACAUGACAGAAGUAACGAAAUCUCCUUUGAGAAUGUCGGAAAAUCACUUCCAACAAACAGUCAGCCAGUCUAUAUCCCCUCAGGCUUCGCAGAUUUUAAAACCAACGUCAAAGUCCUUAUCGGUAUCUUCUGAACAUUCUAAAGCAUCUUCCAUCAGUGGUCAGAGUUCAGAGUCAGAUGACACGCAAAUUCCAACGGAUCAAAAAUUGUCAUCGUAUAAAUAUUUCGUGCCUUGUCAUGCUCCUCUUAAUCUGAGACCCAGUCUGGAACCACUAAAAGCACUUAAAUUUAAAAAACCAAUGUCUAUGCAUUCCAGAAGUGCUUCAGUUGUAAAAGCUGCUGAUGGAAGUGAUCUUGAGGAGAGUACGGAUGAUAGUUUUGAUGUAAAACAGGAAACAAUACGCAACUUCACUAUGAAAGAUCCUAGCAAGAUCAUCGAUGGCUCCGAAGAAGAGGACUCGAUAGUAUCAAUGAGAAGGUCGACAGAAAAUUUGGAAAAUUUUCCAAAAGGUACAAAAUCAUUCGAAACGAUGGAAACUAAUAACGAAUUGACAGAUUCUAGAACGAUGGAUGCAGUCGAGGAUGAAGUAGAGAUGAGGAAUAAGAAUUCUUUAGAAAAAAGCAAAAUACUUAUGAAAAUGAAAUCAGUGUCUGGGGAUAUAUCAAAAUUGAAAUCGUUUGACGAUACACGAUUAUACAAAUCCAUGGAUGAUAAAAAAAGUCAUAAAUUGAUGCAAAGUCAAUCCACAAUGAACUUGAAAUUAAAUUCGGCGAAAUCAGAGAAAGAGUCAGACACACGAACGUCUUGUAACGAUUCAAAUAUUUUAUCGGAAAGUAAAUCAAAGUUUAAAAAACCCGCGAACGAAAAAUUAUCUCUCAUAUUAAGUAACGAUUUAAUAAAGCGUUUAGAAAAGUCCAUAAGCGAUAAUGAUACUGCGUUAGAGAUAUUAAAAAUUCUAACUACUGAAUACUUGGAAAAAAUAGCAGAUGAUAAAAAGUGGUCAAUCAGUAAGAGAAUUGAAAAAUCUAAUAUAAUAGCGACAAAUUUACUUAAGCUUUUAGUAGAGUCAAAACAGUAUCUACAUCCUGACAAAUUUCCCUCUAACCUAGAAUUCUCAUCAAAACAGCCACUCCUCUGCAAUUCCCGUCAACUUAAAAGAAACCUACCCCCAAAAUCCUACAACCUCGUAGCACCAAUUUUGGGUUUGGAGAAAGAGUAUCACAAAAAGUCAACGACAGAACGGAAAGAAUCCCAAAAAAGCAAACUUUCAAAAACUCACAGCAUACGGCGCAAAUCUAGCGAAACUUCAUUCGACCUGAUUGUCUACCCACCAUCAUCACGACGAUCUGAUUUAUCUGAUAGUAGUGAAAAAGCCGCUUUCCAACAACAAUUAAAUCCUUAUGCUCUAUUUUUGAAAAAAUCAAGACGCAAGGCCGUCACCUGGAGACCGCUAAAGGAAAUCGACUUGAAAGGAUAUGAUCCGGAAGCGACACUGAACAUGCGUGCCACAAGGAUAACGAACAAAAUUUGCGAGGAUUUCUGUCAAUGGCUACGAGGACUCGGUGGGACCAACGAAGGAAUAGACGAGGAAGUCCUGAAAGACAUGUUUCAGAUCGACUUUAUGGCAGAUGCUUGUAGGACUGUGCAGGUAAUGAUAAAAGAAAUGCCAAUGGUACCGACGGCAGUAGCUCUUACCAGAAAUACUCCAGACGCUGGUGAGCUUGUUUUGACCAGAAAGCACUUGAUCAGGGAUGCAAAAGCUGAAAGAAAGUCAAAGAAAACCAUAGGCUUCGGUACGAGUCUGCCUAAAGAAUUGAAAAUUAUCCCACCAAAAAAUCAGGUGGAAGCUAAAUGGCUACAGUGCGAAAAUGUACCAAAAGACUUGGAAACAAUGUCAGCGGUCUGGAAAGGAAUUACUCACCUGGACAGCGUGAAAGGAUUCACACAUUGGAUGAAGAACCAUCAUAAUACACCCCUUCCAAAAAUUUUAAAAAGUGCCUCAUCGACCUUCCCAUCGGAAACAAGACAGUCCCAAGACCACGGGUUCGCGCACAUGGAAUUGAAUCUGGACCAAAUAAAGAGUCUGAAAGUGGUAGACAUCGAUACUGAAAAUUCUUACGUUUAACAAUGACACAAAUCAUUGAUUAAUCUGUGUCAUGAAAUCCAAUAUGGAGACACGUCUCUCGCCGCAAAAUCUACAGAAUGAAAUAUCCAGGUAACCUAGGGGAUGAAAUGGCCAUAGAGAGUAUGUGUACUCAACUCUCCUCUAUCAGUGCCUGGUCCAACGUUGUGCCGUUAUGCAACACACGUUAAUGACAUACCAAACGCCCGUUCCAUGUACGCGGCUGACGGUUAACCCCCAAAGCCUCUCUGCAGACUCGGGUGGACUCGCCCUGACUCACCCUCUAUCGAGUACGAAUUUGUAACUAGUCUAGGUUUGGGCUGCAGGUCGCACUAGCCAUGCAAAACCUGAAGACUUAUUUGCGAUCGUGUCAAAUCAAUGAAUCGAACGUCAAG